UAUAUGAUACGCCCCAAUAAGAUUGAGUAGGGAGUCCCAAACGAUUGGGUGUGGGUACCACGCGCAUUAGUUGGAGAGUGUUUUAUAAAGAGUACGACUUUUAUAUUUUAUAAAUCAAAUAAUAAGAAAACUCAAAGCUAAAUAAAAUAGGAAAUGAGAAAAAAAGAGGGUACAAAUACCCUUAGCCUCCUUGAAUGUGGAAACCGGUGUCUUGGAGACAAAAUAAUUUAAAAAAAGGAAAAAAAUGAAAAAAACAGCAGCGGCUUCCUAACCCAGCGGCUCCAUGCCUCUAUAGGUUGUUCUUCCCUCUAAAUAUAUAUAUAAAUGUUUUACCAAUCAACCUGAAAAAUACUCCUAAAUCUUUUCCUAUCUCUAUUCUCUCCUUCGAAAAAAAGAAUACAAAUAAAACUUCCCUCUUUUCAAAAAUCCUUUUGUUUUCCAAAAAUGCGGAUGAGUUGUAAUGGUUGUCGAAUAUUAAGAAAAGGGUGUAGCGAAAAUUGUAGUAUUAGGCCUUGUCUUCAGUGGAUCAAGAGUCCUGAGUCUCAAGCCAACGCCACUGUUUUCCUAGCCAAGUUUUAUGGCCGCGCUGGACUUAUGAACCUCAUCAACGCCGGUCCCGAACACCAUCGUCCUGCGAUUUUUCGGUCAUUAUUGUACGAAGCAUGUGGCCGGAUUGUAAACCCGAUAUAUGGUUCGGUUGGGUUGCUAUGGUCCGGGAGUUGGCAUCUCUGUCAAGCCGCCGUGGAAGCCGUUCUUAAGGGCUCUCCGAUUACGCCGAUCACUUCUGAAGCCGCCGUCAGUAGCCACGGACCUCCUCUGAAGGCAUACGAUAUUCGCCACGUGUCGAAAGAUGAGAACUCCGCUGCCUCGAACGAUCCCACCAACCAACAACGAUCGACGAAGACGCGUUGCCGGUUUAAGAGAAACGUUGUUAAGCCAAAGGCAAGGAAGGCGACCGAGUUCGAAGUCGAGGGAACUCGCUGCGACACGACUCAAUCCAAGUGGGCGACUUACUGCGCAGAUGAUCAGGUAAAUCGUUCCACGAGUCAUGACUCGUCGGUGAGUCACCAGUCUGACCCCGCACCCAACGUCGACGGUGACAGUAAAGAGACCGAGACAAGCAUGGUUUCAGUCGAGACAGCCGAGGUUUCUCUGUUGUUCAGAGCUGACACUGAGUCAGCUACCAAGCCCGGUAAUGACGCAACGCGGGAUAAUGAGCCGGCGCUUGAGCUGACACUGGGCUUUGAGCCGGCUUCGCAUGCACGGCGCCAUGUGGUUCCUGUGAAGAAGAGAAGAAUCGAGACCACCGGUAGUGACGGAUGUACCACCUCUGAUGACGGCGCGUGUAAGAUAGAGUUAGGGUUGGAAUAUCCGGCUUGAGUGGAGCCCAAGUAAAAUAUAUUUGAAGAAAAGAAAACUCACAGUCCAAUUUUGACGGCUCCGAUCGGCUUUCUUUUGUUUAGAAGAGAUCUUGACCCUUUCUUUUUAUUUAGUUUUUUUUCUCCUACUGUACUUUUUUUUUUCCUUCUUUUUUUACCCUUUUGUCGAUAAGUGAACUCUGUACAAAUGUGCUUGAAAAAUUUGCAUAUAAAGGAGUGGUAAAUUUAACUGAGGGGCAAAAAAAUAUUUCCGUAAUGUUUGCGAAUUAUGGCGUAGGUACAUUCAAAGUAAAAAAUGUAUUUAGUACUAGGAGGAGUCUAGGAUUGAGUGGGGUCUCUUUUAUUGCCGACCUACCUACCUACUUGAAUAAAUAAUAUAUAUUUUUAACAAA